UGGGAGGCUGUGGUGGGCCAUGCGUCACUUCCCGCCCCGCCCUCGCCCUGUGGGAAAGGAGCCGUGGAACGUCCUACACGCGGGAGGUGCAGACGGUGCUGUCCGAGGGGUCCGAAGAAAAAAAUUAGCAUCAGAGCAAAGAGAUCUUACAAGACUUGAUGGUAGCUGUGGAAUCCAAGAUGGAAGAACAAAACUCAGCUGGCCCCAUAGCAGGAAGAGACUCUGAUACCAUCCAUGCUGAAAGCAGCAGGGAAUUCUGGAGGGGAACUUUGCAGAAAGUCCUGGGAGAGAACACUACCAGCUCAGAUGCACAGCACCAGCACUUCAGGCAGUUCUGCUACCGGGAGGCUGAGGGGCCCCGAGAGGUAUGCAGCCAACUCUACCAUCUUUGCUGCCAGUGGCUGAAGCCAGAGAGGCACACCAAAGCUCAAAUGCUGGACCUGGUGAUCCUGGAGCAGUUCCUGGCCAUCCUACCCCCAGAGAUGGAGAGAUGGAUUAGAGAAUGUAGAGUGGAGACCAGUUCCCAGGCAGUGGCCCUAGCAGAAGGUUUCCUCCUGAGCCAGGCACGGGACAUAAAGCAGGAAGAACAGCUGGCGAAAGUGUUUGCUUCAUCCUUGAAGCUCCAAGGGGCAGAGCAGGGAAUGUUAGCCAAAGUGGCCACCAGUUUCCAUGAGGCAGAGAAGGCUCCACCUGGUGCCAAACCACAGCCCAUGUUCAAGUGGAUCGUGCAGGAGGAUGAGAGAGAAGCCACCUCUCUAGGCAGCGGGAUGACCCUGGUGCUUCAUCCAAGGCCCCCUCCCCCUCAUGCUGGGAUGGAAGCGGUUGCUGUGGCGUCCCCAGAGCAGGGUCCAGUGACCUGGGAAGAGGUGGCCGUGUACUUCGCGGAGGAGGAGUGGGCUCUGCUGGAUGCUGACCAAAGGGCUCUGCACAGAGAAGUCAUGGAGGAGAAUUCUGGGCUUCUGGCCUCCCUGGGUGAUGGGAGGGAGAAGGAGAAAAAGGAUGAAGAGCAGAGGAGGAAAACUGAAGCCAGUCAGAAGGGGAGAAAGGAAGCCCUUAUUCCUGAUGGGGCUGAUUUUCAUGAAGUUCCAGUGCAGCAAGAAGGCCACAAAGCAACCAGCAGAAAUGAAUUUCCUCCAUGUGCAAAAACCUUAGCCAGUAAACCAAACCUUAGCACACCUCAAAGGACUCCUGCAGGGGAGACACUGUAUAUAUGUGCAGAGUGUGGAAAGAGUUUCAGCCACAGUUCAAGUUUUGAUUAUCAUCAAAGAACCCACGCAGGAGAGAAGCCAUUUAAAUGUUCAGAGUGUGGAAAGAGCUUCAGUCAGAAGAAAAACUUUACAAGGCAUCAGAGAAUCCACACAGGGGAGAAGCCUUAUAAAUGUUCAGAGUGCGGAAAGAGCUUUUCUCGGAAGAUCCAUCUUACUAGUCAUCAAAAUAUCCACCCAGGGGAGAAACCACAUAAAUGCUCGGUGUGUGGAAAGAGCUUCACUCUCAGUUUCCUUCUUACUUCACAUUACAGAACGCACACUGGGGAGAAGCCAUUUUCAUGCCUAGUGUGUGGAAAGAACUUCAGACAGAAUUCAGACCUCACUCAACACAAAAGAAUUCACACAGGGGAGAAGCCCUAUACCUGCUUGGUGUGUGGAAAGAGCUUCAGCCAGAGUUCAAGCCUGAAUCAACAUCAAAGAGUCCAUGCAGAAGAGAAACCCUAUACAUGUCUGGAAUGUGGAAAGAGCUUCAGCCACAGCACCAGCCUUACUUGCCAUCAAAAAACCCACACAGCAGAGAAACCUCAUCAGUGCUCAGAAUGUGGAAAGAGCUUCCGCCGCAGCUCAAGUCUUACUUACCAUCAAAGAACCCACACAGGAGAGAAGCCCUUCAAAUGUUCGGAGUGUGGAAAGAGCUUCAGUCAGAAGGUAACCCUUGAACGACAUCAGAAAAUCCACACAGGGGAAAAGCCAUAUACAUGCUCAGAGUGUGGAAAGAGCUUCAAGCUCAGCAUUACCCUCACUUUACAUUACAGAAUCCACACAGGGGAGAAGCCAUAUAAAUGUUCAGAGUGUGGAAAGAGCUUUUCUCAGAAGAUACAGCUUACUAGUCAUCAAAGUGUCCACACAGGGGAGAAACCACAUAAGUGCUCAGUGUGUGGGAAGAGCUUCAGUCUCCGUUUCCUUCUUACUUCACAUUACAGAAUGCACACAGGAGAGAAUCUGUUUACAUGCCUAGUGUGUGGAAAGACUUUCGGGCAGAAUUCAUACCUUACUCAACACCAAAAAAUUCACACAGGGGAGAAACCCUAUACCUGCUUGGUGUGUGGAAAUAACUUCGGGCAGAAUUCAGACCUUACUCAACACCAAAGAAUUCACACAGGGGAGAAACCCUAUACCUGCUUGGUGUGUGGAAAGAGAUUCAGACGGAGUUCAAACCUGAAUCAACAUCAAAGAGUCCACACAGGAGAGAAGCCAUAUAAAUGUUUGGAAUGUGGAAAGAGCUUCAGCCAGAGCUCCAUCCUUACUUGCCAUCAAGAAACCCACACAACAGAGAAAUUGCAUCAAUGCUCGGAGUGUGGAAAUCGCUUCCGUCAGAAGAAAAACCUUAUAAGGCAUCAAAAAAUCCAUGCAGGAAGGCAUCCUAUAAAUAACAGGAAUGCCUGGGGUGUGGAAACCAGUUGUGAUGGACCACAGAUCUUAGGAACAUAGGAAGCUGCCUUAUACCAAGUCAGACCAUUGGUCCAUCUAGCUCAGUAUUGUCUACCAUGGCUUCUCUAAGGUUGCAGACAGGAGUCUCUCUCAGCCCUGUCAGGCUGAGGGUGGGAACUUGGUCCUUUCUGAAUGCAAGCAAACAGGUGCUCUUUUCAGAGCAGCUCCAUCCUAUAAGGGGAAUAUCUUCCAUGCUCACAUGUAGUCUCCCAUUCAAAUGCAAACCAGGAUAGACCCUGCUUAGCUGAGGGGACAGUGCAUGCUUGCUACCACAAGGUCAGCUCUCCUCCCACAGACCAGCUCUCUCUUUUUCUCCACAUUCCCACAGACCUUCAUAUCCAACGAUUCACAUGUAGGCAAUGUCUCAGAAAUAGAAGGAAGCUUGACCAGUCUUUUAGUACAAAAGGUUUUCUUGCCUUCACACGGAUGGAUUUGUAUCUAUAGCUCCUAUUGCAAAAGCAGAAUGCCUUAUGACACAUCCAGCCCUUGUUAGCUAUUUCCUAGCCAUAAUCAUUCAUUUUAUGUGACAUCAUUCAGUUAGGUGAUUUAAUACUACCCACUCACUCAAGUGAUGAAACUCUCCAGAGGCUGCGCUACAGAUUUUAGUUCUCUUUUGGAGGAAUAUUUAUGGGGUUUCAUGAUUUUAAAAGCAACACCAGAAUUGUAGAAUGUUAAGGUUGGAAGGGACCUUGGGAGUCUUCUAGUCCAGACCACCUGGAAGCCAGGCCACCUGGCCCAAUCCCUGCCACCUGGCCAGGUAGUAACACAGUCAUUGUGACUCUGUGUUGAAAUAUCUUGUUUGUUAUCCCUCUCUCUCAUUUUACCUGUAGACACUGAUUCCUUAAUAAAUCUUAUUUUACUUUUCUAUUGAACUCAUGUUUUGGAAAUGCUAUAUGCAAACACUACCAGACUAUUGGUUUAUGUAGCUGUUUUGAAACCACCUAAAUCAAAUAAAUACUUGCUUUGAGGACACUUCAGAAGGA